AGUGUAGACUCUUGAACCAAGGAUGAAGGGUUCCAGAAACGUACCUUGCUCACGAGUAAGGUAGCAUCUCAAGUGCUCCACGAUAAUGUGGUAGAUGAAGAGGGGAAACCUCCUACACAUAACCAGCGCCAUCAUCCUAUGCUGGUGCGGAUGUGCCCUGUCGAAUACAAUGUUAGCGCACAGCUCCAAGAAGAUGAAACUUCAUCAAUGCUGGGUGGGCCGUCUUAUAGCGACCAUCAUCGGGAUGGCAUGGCCCCGCGGCACCUGUGAAAAGAUCUCGAGCCGGAGAAGGGCAAACCUGCAGAUCUCUACGCCCUCUGCAAGCUUCUUGCGCUUCCUUCCAAGUACUCAGAGUAUCAAAGCUCGGAGGCCAGCGAAAUCUUGUAGGGGAGUAUUUGGCGAGGUCUCUGGCACCACCACGAUAGUGCUUAUGGUCGUGACCACUAGGCGUGGAUGUACUCAGUUUGAGGAACUGGGUUCUGAAUCGAUAGUGCAAAGUUAAGCCCCUGUUCUUGCACAUGGUAAAAAUCACCUGUCUCCCGUGUGAGGCAGUAGAUGUUGGGCGAUACGUGCUUGUCAUCUCGGCUAGAUAGGGAAUC